AGCAGCUGCCUUGGUGAAACGUCAAAUUCGGUCUUUUCCAGCUAGUUGCUUUCAAUUUUCGCGACGUGUUUCGGUUCAUAGUGCUAGCGAAUAUUCCGAGAAACCUGCUGCAAAAUGCAAGGUCCAGCCAUUUUUAUCGAUGCCGAGAUUGAGGAUCAGGCACAAGAACUGCGAAAGUUUUUCAAAAAACUUGGUGCGGAGAUAAGUGAGGAAAAGUCCUCCAAAGGCAUCGAAGAUGAUCUGCACAAGAUCAUCGGGGUGUGCGAUGUGUGCUUCAAGGAUUCCCAGCAUACGGUGGAGGAAAUCGAUGCCGUCCUGAACAGUGUCGUGUCUAUCAUUGUGUCCAUCCCGCUGGAACGUGGCGAAAAUCUUAUUCUGGCUUUCUGCGAGAAAAUGACCAAAGCUCCGGAGCAAACCUUGGCCCGAGUGUGCCUGCAAUCGCUUUGGCGCUUGUUCAGCAACCUGGAAUCGACUUCCCCUUUGCGAUACCACGUCUACUACCACCUGGUACAGGUGGCCAAACAGGCGGAUCAGGUGAAAGAAGUAUUUUCCGGUGUGGACCAGCUGAAAACUCAAUUCGCUCAGUGUCCUCCUUCGAAUGAGCAAAUGCAGAAAUUGUAUCGACUUUUGCAUGAUGUCCUCAAGGAUAGUAACAGUGAAUUGGCAUCAAAAGUGAUGAUUGAGCUGCUGGGAACGUACACCGCAGAGAAUGCUUCCUACGCUCGGGAGGAUGCCAUGAAAUGUAUCGUAACAGCAUUGGCCGAUCCAAAUACUUUCUUGCUGGAUCCUUUGCUAUCAUUGAAGCCUGUUCGAUUCCUCGAGGGAGAGUUAAUUCAUGACCUGCUCUCAGUGUUCGUGUCCGAGAAGCUUCCCAGCUAUCUGCAAUUUUACCAGAAUCAUAAAGAAUUUGUCACGUCUCAGGGUCUCAACCACGAACAGAACAUCAAAAAGAUGCGUCUGUUGUCGUUCAUGCAGCUGGCCGAAAGUAACCCGGAGAUGACUUUCCAACAGCUGCAGGAUGAGCUGCAGAUUGAGGAGAACGAAGUGGAGCCCUUUAUCAUUGAAGUCCUCAAGACGAAACUGGUUCGCGCUAGGAUGGAUCAGAAGGCCCGCACGGUGCAUAUCUCGAGUACGAUGCACCGAACCUUUGGCCGACCUCAGUGGCAGCAGUUGCGUGAUUUGUUGCACUCGUGGAAAAAUAAUUUAACCACUGUUCAGGAAAAUAUGAAAUCCGUUGCCGAAGCGCAAGUCGAAUUGGCCCAUAAGCAGUAAGGUGGCUUUACAUCGCGUUGAAAGUGAAAUAUAGCAUAUACAAGUGUACUAACCGAGACGAAAAAGACUAUUAUUACUGAGUAAAGGUAAAUUUAACAAGAGACAAACCAUUACGAUUCCUCCCACGUGAGUUAAGAAGACGGGAGUUUCAGGUGCGCGAGUGACAAAUAGAACUAACUAAACAAAAAGCAAAAGAACUAGAAGUGAAUUUGUGUUGUGGAGAUCGGUGGGUGCCGUUCUCCCAGGCUGAAUAAGCCUGGGAAGAAAGAGGGUUCCUACUGGGGUGUAAAGUUUCGUUCAUCGCAUAAAUCUACAUCGUAAGAAUCCUAAAACUAGCCGCUAAGAUUGUAUUGAAUAUAACAUCCCUGAACAAUAUAUACAAUUUUAAAAAAUGAACGAAACUAACAAAGA